AUGAUAUCUCAAACUGAAGACUACCUUAACUUAUUAGAAGUAUCAUCAAUCAAGAAACACCUUCAAAAGACCAAAGAGGAGUUAUUAUUCUCUUGUCCUGUUGGUAAAUACAAUAGAAAAGAUGUCCGUCAAGACCGCUUCAUUAUGAUCACUGAUAAGGCUUUCUAUAAUUUAAAAAAGACAUCAAUCAAGCGCCGCAUUGAUUUAAAUUUCAUCAAGGGUAUUACAACGAGCACUUGCGGUACUGAGUUCGUUCUGCAUGUACCAUCUGAAUACGAUUAUCGUUAUUCAAGUACUCUUUAUAGAGAAAAGAUCAUUUAGUUGCUUCGUAGAUACUGCGGUUGUCUUGCUUACUUUGAAAAAGACGAACCUUAACUUAAAAUGUACACAACUACAAGAAAGGACAAAAAAAAUAAUAUUUCUCGUAUGCCUUCUGACUACAUCAAAGCCCAUGAAACAAUAACUAAUAUGGUUUAAAUGCGUGAAAAAAUUUUGGGCCAUAAUUACACAAAGGAAGAACUUAAGUAAAAUACUCAACCAUUGUUUUUCAACAUGAAUGAAAGCUGCAUAGAUUUUAAUAUUCACGCUAAUUCGAGUAAUUAAGCUAACUAUCAAGAUCCUUUAAAUGCAAGAAAAAGUGUAAUUACUUUAGACGAUUUCGAUAUUAUUAAAGUACUUGGCAGAGGUACCUUUGGCAAAGUGAUGAUGGUCUAGAAAAAGGAUACAGGAGUUUACUAUGCCUUGAAAAGCAUUCGUAAACUCAAAAUAUAAGAUGAAAAGCAAGCUGAACAUCUCCGCAUGGAGCGUUACAUCCUUGAAUCAAUAAAUAACAAUUUUUUAGUAAAAUUGAAAUACACAUUCUAAACUGAUGAUAAAAUCUUUUUCAUAAUGGACUUUAUGAAGGGUGGCGAACUCUUUUAGCAUUUAAAAUUAAAUCGUCGCUUCAAUGAAUAAACCGCUAAAUUCUUUGCUGCUGAAGUCCUUUUAGCCCUAGAAUAUCUUCAUUCACGUAAAAUUAUCUACCGUGAUCUCAAGCCUGAAAAUAUUUUACUAGAUGAACACGGUCAUAUUCGCAUAACCGAUUUUGGUAUGGCCAAGCAAUUUUCAACUAUCAAUGAAAUCCCUUCAUUACUCAAGUUGGUAAAAGUAAAUUCCUGCAUCUCAGAUGGUGCAACAAAUGAUAGCGAAAGCUGGUCAUCUCCUAAAAUAAGCCAAAGAAGUAAUCAAAGCAACCUAAGCAGUGCUACUUCUUCACCUGAAUUACAACCUGCUAAUGCCAACAGAGAAAGAACCAAUUCAUUUGUUGGAACUCCUUAAUACAUCUCUCCUGAAAUAAUAGGUCGUAAAUCUUAUACUUAUUCUUCAGAUGUGUGGUAAUUUGGCCUCUUUAUUUAUGAACUUAUAUAUGGCUAUCCUCCUUUCUUCCAUUAGCAGACUCAAAUAGUAUUUUAGUUGAUCGAUGAAUGUCGUAUUUUCUUCCCCCAACAUAUCAAGAUUUCUAAUGAAUGCAAAGAUAUUAUCACCAAAAUACUCUAAAGAGAUCCAGAAAAGCGUUUAACCUUACAGUAAGCUAAGAUGCACCCUUGGUUUAAGGAUAUGGAUUGGGAAAAGUUAGCUAAAAAGCAAAUUUCCUCGCCCUAUAUUCCCUGCACUCAAGGUGAAGAGUGGAUUAAAGGUUUUGAUAGCGAUUUUACCUCAGAAGCCCCUAUAAAUAGCUAUGAACCUGAAAAAAUAUCAAUGAUUAAACAAAAUUUAAUAAAUUUUAAUGACUUAAAAGAUUUCUGUCACGAAGACAAUACUUAGCAAUUCGAUUGA